CAGAAUGUGGGAAAGAUUCAUAUUUUCAUUUUUGCAAGUUCAUUAAUAUUAUACAUUGUACCAACAAGAUAACACUUUAGGAUAAAAAAUCAAUUAUAUAUAUCGUAAUCAAUUGAAUUAAAAUUAUAACAAUAAUUUUUAUCCGACUACAUUAAAAAAUUUCCACUUCAAAAUGCAUUAAAUUGCUUUCUUCCCCCUUGUCACAAGCCAUCCACCCACACUCCUCCCCUCCUAUAUAUUCCCCUUACUCCUUUCAUUCCAACAACAAUCAUAUCUCUUACAACAAUUAAGAAACAAACGAUCAAAAAAAAAAAAAAAAAACCCUUCCAUAAUCCAUAACAAAUAAACCCCAAAAAUGUUUGGUUUAUCAGAGCAAAAUUUAUCGAGCAGAAGAUGCAUUUGGGUCAACGGCCCGGUGAUAGUUGGGGUGGGGCCUUCAGGGCUCGCUGUAUCUGCUUGUCUCAGGGAGCAAGGCAUUCCUUUCGUUGUUAUCGAAAGAGCUGACUGUAUCGCUUCAUUGUGGCAAAAAUGCACCUAUGAUCGUCUAAAACUUCACCUCCCCAAAAAAUUCUGUCAACUUCCAAAACUACCCUUCCCCGAAGAGUACCCCGAGUACCCCACUAAGAGACAGUUCAUUACGUAUCUCGAAAAUUACGCCAAAAAAUUCGACAUCAAGCCUCAAUUCAAUGAAAGAGUCCAGUCAGCAAAAUAUGAUAAGACGUGUGGCGUAUGGAGGGUUAAAACCGUUUCGACAAUGGGCUCCUUCCCCUCUGAGACGGAGUAUAUCUGCCAGAAGCUUGUAGUGGCAACAGGAGAAAAUGCCGAAGGGGUAGUACCGGAAAUCGAAGGCCUACAAGACUUCUCCGGUGAAGUUAUCCACGCAAAAGACUACAAGUCCGGCGAGAAAUACACCGGAAAGAAAGUUUUGGUUGUUGGCUGUGGAAACUCCGGCAUGGAAGUCUCUCUUGAUCUCUCAAACCACAAUGCGAAGCCAUCAAUGGUGGUUCGAAGCUCUGUUCAUGUAUUGCCGCGUGAAAUCUUGGGAAAAUCUACGUUGGAUUUGGCGAUGAUGCUGAUGAAAUGGCUACCUUUAUGGUUGGUAGAUAAACUGCUAUUGAUCCUCACGUGGUUGAUCCUCGGAAACACACAAAAAUACGGAAUCAGAAGGCCAAGCUUAGGUCCAUUACAACUGAAAAACUAUCAUGGAAAAACCCCUGUUCUUGACAUUGGUGCACUCGCAAGAAUCCGAUCAGGAGACAUCAAAGUUGUCACUGGAAUCACAAGAUUCCACCGGAGUUCAGUCGAGCUCAUCAAUGGAGACAUUCUAGAAAUCGAUUCAGUCGUUUUAGCAACUGGGUAUUGCAGCAAUGUUCCUUAUUGGCUUCAGGAGAGUGAGUUCUUCGGCAAAAAUGGAUUCCCAAAACGACAGUCUCCCAAUGGUUGGAAGGGAAAAGAAGGGUUGUAUGCAGCUGGGUUUACAAGAAGAGGACUUGCAGGUGUUUCGGCAGACGCCAUGAAAAUAGCUCAAGAUAUUGGGAAUGUUUGGAAACAGGAAUUAAAUCAGAAGAAAAGGAAAGUCGCCGCUCAUAGAAGAUGCAUUUCAACUUUCUAGUUUUUACUUUUAGUAUGUGUGGACUUUUUUUUUUUUUUUUUUUUUUUUUGAAUUUUGAAUUUUGGAAAGGGAAAUUAGAAAUAGUUGGAACCUGUAAGACAUCUCCAAGAAAAGAGCCCAAACAUAAUUUUUAACAAGUUUGGGCAUUUUCAAAUUUUGUAAUAUAGUCAGGUUGACGAGGCAUUAUUUUAUAGCAACUUUU